AUGAGGACUUCGCUCAAACUAUUGCGAGGGGCUCUUCAAAAGCAUAAUAACAACGGCGAUGCCGCCGGUAGGGACGGGCGAGAUCUUCGCUCCUUGGCGCAAUUGGGCGAACUAGCUCGUGCCUCUCAGGAUAUGCAAGACAUGAGAGAGUGUUAUGACAGCUUACUCUCUGCUGCGGCAGCAACAGCUAACAGUGCUUAUGAAUUCUCGGAGUCCUUGCGAGAGAUGGGUGCCUGCCUUCUUGAGAAAACUGCUUUAAAUGAUGAUGAGGAAAGUGGUAAAGUAUUGUUGAUGAUGGGCAAAGUGCAGUUUGAACUCCAGAAACUUGUUGAUGUCUAUCGUGCUCAUGUGUUCCAAACAAUCACUGUGCCAUCCGAGUCUCUUCUGAAUGAGCUUCAAACAGUUGAGGAAAUGAAGGAGCAAUGUGAUGAGAAAAGAGAAAUGUACGAGUACAUGAGGAUGAGGCAGAGAGAAAAAGGGAGGGGAAGGAGUGGGAAAGGAGGAGAGAGGGUGGAGAGCUUCUCUGUCGACCAAGUGCAAGCCGCUCGUGAUCGAUAUGAUGAGGAAGCAACCUUGUUUGUUUUUCGGUUGAAAUCCUUAAAGCAAGGACAAUCCCGUAGUCUUCUUACUCAGGCUGCAAGGCACCAUGCUGCACAGAUGGCCUUCUUUAAGAAGGCUCUCAAAGCUCUUGAAGAAGUCGAACCACAUGUGAAAUCUGUCACUGAACACCAGUUCAUUGACUACCAUUUUGCUGGUCUUGAUGAUGAAGAUGAUGAUGGUGAGGAUGAUACUGAUAACGACACUAACGACACAAAUGAUGAUGGGGAACUUAGUUUCCAGUAUGAUCAUAAUGAUGAUGACCGUGAUGUUUCUACAUCAAGAGACCCAAUGGAGUUGGACGGUGGAGGCCUUACAUUUCCCAAAGUGUCAACUUCAGAAGCUGCGAAGGAAAGUUUCGCCAGAAGCUACAGAUCUUAUUCUUUCAGAGGAGAUGCUCGGACGGCCAGUCAAUCAGCUCCACUUUUUGCCGUGAGGAAAUCAGUUUCAGUUGACAAGCUGGAACAGUUGCGGCCAUCCUUCACAAAGAAAUUCAGCUCCUAUGCCCUUCCCACCCCAAAUGAUCCCAAUGGCCCUAGUCCCACCACAGCUUUGAGCGGUCCAAUUCCUCGGACCUUCAAUAGGGGUUACAAUUGGUCACAUUCGAAUCGUCAUGAUCCAAAGAAGUACGAAAAACUACUGGGAGACGAGAAAAUGAAUCCAAAAUCGGUCCUCAGAGAGAACAACAACAACAACUCUUCUGCAGCAACUCGGUUAACUCCUCCAAAAGCUGAAGGGUUAUUGCUCUCGAGGCUCGACCCAGGUCGCCGUGGAAUCUCCGAAUAUAGCAAGACUAGCCAAAGACAAGCCUUUUCAGGCCCCAUUGCAAGGAAAUCAUGGUCAUCCAUCCCUUCUCCAUUGGACCAGCAUGCUCAGGUCUUAUCUGGGCCGCUAUUGCAGACUCGAAUGUCCCAAAUGCCAUCUUCCUCUCCGACCAUAUCUCCCAGCAGUACUUCACCCCCUUUGCUUUCGUCUCCUCGGAUAAGUGAACUCCAUGAGCUUCCAAGGCCUCCACUGAGGAAUCCGUUGAGCUUUCCUGGUGCAGGCCAUUCAGCUCCAUUAUUAUUUCCCAGAGGCCAAGCAGCAGCAGUAGCUUCUCCACUGCCGGUUCCUUCUCAGGUCUCCCGGAGUUUGUCCAUACCGCCUGGUGGUCAGAGAGCUGUAGCAUUGGAUCCCCCAGGGGAGUCGUUAAUUCCCCAAGCGACUCAAAAAGCCGAGACAGUUGAAGAAGAUUUUUUCUCCCCGCCUCUUACUCCCAUCUCUCUUUUGAAUGGUCGGCCAAUGGCUGCCGCUGGUUCCCAAGUCAAAGGUAAGAAGUCCUGA